AACGAAUAAUGCGUUUCCACUUCUCUUAGGUUUAUAACGUUAACCGCUGUUCACUUACUCGGUUGAUUCUACACGCACGCCGCCAACUCCAACGUUCCUCCCUCGCGUCCUAGUCUUAUUCCGUUCUGACAGGCAAAGUUUAGCGGCAGCUAAGUUUGUGAAAGACAACCUGAUACCCCUACAUCCAUUCUACAUAAAGAUAUAGAGAAUAAACCAAAAUUCAUUUAAAAAGUUGCACCAAGGAAGGAAAAGGUGCAAUUAAAGGGUGAGUUACAUGGGUCACUGUGAGAAGCCCAUAAUUAAGGUGGAGCCCUUUAUAGAUGAACAAAUUGACACUACAAAAGUCUUUGAGGACAUGGAAGUUGAUAUAGUGAGUUGGACAAAUAAGGGUGAUUUUGCGUCAAACAAAAAUGAGGACCCUGAUGCAACUGAAUAUUCAAGUUCGUUUGCUGACACUACAUCUGAUGCUGAAAACUGUUCUAUAUUGAGUGAUGCUGAGGUGGAGUCAGAAUUCUUGGGUGAUAAUGGCUUGGCAGGGACCUUUGAUACUUCUCGUUCUAUAUUUCCGAUGAGGAAGAGGAAAUUAACCGAUCAUUGGAGGAACUUUAUACGACCUCUUAUGUGGCGAUGCAAAUGGACAGAACUGAGAAUUAAGGAAAUUGACUCACAAGUAUUAAAAUAUAGUAAAGAGCUUGCAGAAUAUGAGAAGAGAAAACAUAUGGAACCUGAUCAAUUUACCUUAGAAGAGUUUGGCUCAAAGUCAUUGCCAUUUUUGACUGAGCAGCGCAGAAGCAAGGCCAAAAAGAGAAGGAAAAGGAAGAAAGUUGAAGACAUGACUGAAAUGGCAUCAUAUACAUCACAUCAUUAUAUUUUCUCCUAUCUUGAGAAUAAGAAGGCUGACCCUGAUGGUUGUUUGGCUGAUGAUUUUGGUAAUCCAGUGAUCACAGAGCCGUAUGCUGAUUCAACAGACAGAUUUGGCAAUGGGGAAGAUCAAUCUUUCUUUGAGUUUAGCGAUGCCGAUGCUUCCUUAGAGCAGCUCCUUUGGACAAUAGACAAUCUACAUUCUAGGGUCCACAAGCUGAAGAGUGAAGUUGAUGCAAUCAUGUCCAAAAAUGCUUCAAAGUUUUCAUCAUCAGAGAAUUUGAGCCUUCUUCUGCAUGGUGAUGUGCGGACUAGCUCUGCUCAAAGUCCUACAAUCUCUGCAGGGAAUGGAGAUACAGCGUCUGUUGGGGCUAUUUAUAAUUCAACUCAACAUGUGGCCGAGUUUGAUUUAGGAGAUUUGGUUAUGCCUGAUAGUGCUGUUUCAAGUUACGGAGAAGUUGCAAUUGUUCCUGAUAUAAUUGAGAGCACUGUGGGCUUAUUGUCUGCUGCUGAUGUCACCCUCCAUCCAGGGUUGGUUGGGGACUCGUGUGAACAUAUGGUAGACAGUGUCUUGAUACAUGAGGUAGCUGAAACAGGAGAGCACACCUUUAGAAGUGCAAGUCACCAUCCCAUGGAGAAGCUUUCGGAUGCCGAGAAAUGUGAAGGGGAAGAAAGUCUGCAUCCAGUUUCUAUCCCCAUGUCAGAUUUUAAUACAGCAGCAAAUAUUGCAGUGUCUCAAGAGCAAUCAACUCUCAAGUCCUGCAUGUACAAAGAUGUGAACAUUCCCAAGAACAAAAGAAAGCGUGGGGAGCGCAAAGCUGGUUCGGGUGGUUGGAGCAAGAAAUGCUCAGGGGAACCUGAAAACCAGUAAGCCUUCUUAAUCUGCAGUGACUAAAGAAUUUGUAGUUCAUUUGACAGAUGUUGUUUUAACUUUGAAGGUCAUAGUGAAUAAGUACUAUUACAGAGUCGUUUGCAGUGAGGAAAUUACUACUUUCAUUCUGACCUCUAGUUUUUAUACUUC